ACGUCCCUGACAAAGAGAAAUCCUCGUAUUCACGCCAACUUUAACAUGAGGCCCGGCUCUGUGGCAGCGGACGGAGCAGGAGGCCCGAGCUGAGGAGAGGUCUCGAGGGGGACGGACACAGGACAGGUGAUCUUCUUAAGGAGUGAGAGAGGAAGAGAGCGAGGAAUGACGAGAGGAAAGAAGGAGUGACGCCGUUUAGCACCACCUGCUCUGCAGAGGGCAAAACAGGCCACGAGACGUGAAGUUAAAGGUCGCUGUUGCCAUGGCGAGGCCUGGGCGCCCUGUGUCUGAGAACUACCAGCCCAUCUGUUGUUCGGUUAGUCAGUCGGGGUCUUACUCCAAUGAGGCAGGGCUCAUGGGACUGGAUGACGACAAUGUACACGCGCCCAUUUUCUCCAUCUCUAAGAGCUCCAUGGACAUGGUCAUGGCGUCGGGCCCGCCCCACAAGCGGGACCCGGCCUGGACCAGGAUGCACCUGAGACGCAGCUCCAGUGCCAACACACACUCCGAGCAGAACGCGGUGAUGCUCCAGCAGCUCCAUCCGCACAUGUGGCAGCACAUCAGCUCCACCAACAGCCACCAGUUGGCGCUCAGCACCCAAAACUUGAGCGUGCACAGCCCUUCCGUGCUCAGCGAGCGCAGGAUUGGCAGCAUGCAGCGGUGGAGCGGGUGCAGCGGCAGCACGUACAGCCGCAGCAGCACGCCAGAGACAAUAGUGUGGAGAGGAGGGACCUCACGCCCCUCGAGUCUCACCCAGGAGGUGUAUUGCUCCUCAACACUAGACUCUCUGACGUCCAAACUAUCCUCUGCCCCAACCACACCCUCCCCGUUCACCUCCCCUCUCGGCUCGCCAACCUUACCACCUGUAGAUCUUCUAAACUCGGCUUCGACACUAACACUGACCCCGAAUCAGCAAGAGGACUUAGUCGUAUCCCCACAUGCAACCUCACCGUCAUCACCCCCCCCACAGGCUCACAACCCCUCACCCUUGCCGUCCAACUCCCCCAAUCUCCCCCAAUCUCCCCCAGACACAAAGGACGAGAGCCUGCUGGAGGAUCAUUUGCUCUCUUUUCAAUUCCCCUCCCCGAAACCCUCCUCUGUUAGUUUAGCGGAAGGAAAUGCAGAUGUUGGGUGCAUUGUUGAGGACACAGUAAAAGAGCUGCAGGGUCCUGAAGGCUCACAGUUAUCAGAGGGUGGAGAGGAAGUUGAGGAAAUGUUCAGCUACAUGACUCCUUCAGGAGAGGGACGAGAACCAGAAGGUGGACGAGUCUCAGUGUGCCAACUUGAGCUGCCGUGGCAGCCGGGGGAAAUCUGUCCAGCACGAGGAGGAUGGAGGUCGCCCCUGGUUUCUUCAUUGAGCGACUCGGGGUUGGGCGACUGCUGCAGGUGCAACUUGGUGUCAAGAGAGGGCGCCACUAAGGGUCCGAGGGUGGAGGCGUUUAGGGAAGAAGGUACAAUGACCUCACAGCCGCAGCUGGUCGACGCAGAGGUGCAGACGAUCACUCCCAUGGGCUCCUGGUGGGACCUCAAGAGAAACACAUUCACCUCCCACAUGGGCUCACACUCCCUCUUGGGCUCGCCUCCCGGGUCAAGGCUGAACUUGAAGUCUUCCGUGGGGUCGAACUCCAACCUGGUGUCCCCGUCCUCCAGCAUGUUCCCGGUCAGCAGCGAGGAGGACGAGGAGGAGAGACGGGGGGACGACCCCAGGUGGGACAUUACCUCUGUUUCCUCCCAAGAUAUGGAGAGGAGGAGGUCCUGUCUGAAGACCCAGGGGGAGGAGAGGGACGCGCUGGGCAGGAGGAGCAGCAUGAAGCAGGUGCAGUGGGACGAGGACGGGAUGACGUGGGACGUUCAUGGAGCAUCUGUUGACCCAGAGGUGCUGAGCACGGCCAUACAGAAACAUCUGGCGCUCCAGAACAGCCCACUACCACAGAAACGUUCCUCCAAGAAGAAGAAAGCUCCGAAGCCUCCUCUCAUAUCGAGUGUCGUAAAGGCCAUGGCCCCAGAACUGAAUCCGACUGUGAUUAUUAGCGCAACUUGUACAGUGGAGGGUGAGAGUGAGGAGACGCAGGAGGAGGAGGAGGAGGAGGGAGGACGAGCCAAAAGGGAGGAAGCAGCAGAAGUUCCUCGCAGGAUCAGCAGGGCAGAGGGAGAAUACAUGAAAGAAGAGGAGGAGGUGUACGAAGAGGUCGGCUCGGGUGCGCCCAAGUCGCCAUCGGUUGGGAGCACUCAGAGCCGCAAGAGGAGUGUGAUGAGGUCACUGAGGAGGCCCAGGUGGUGCGGGGGAGGCGCCAGAAAGAUGGAGGACUGA